AUGAUCGAUUCAGACUUUGAGAAAGCUGUAAACCUGAUACAAGAGCUACCGAGGGGUAGUGCUAUUGAGAUAAAAUAUGAGGAGAAACUAAUAAUGUAUAGUUUGUUUCAGCAGGCAACCGAAGGGAAUGUAAUAGGAAGUAGACCAAGUGUAUUUAAUAAUUUAGAGAGAGUGAAAUGGGAUGCCUGGGCGAAACAAAAAGAUCUGAGCACAUCAGAAGCCAAGUUUAUGUAUUGUCAAACGUUG